AUGCCGUCCAAGCGCGAAACCGUUCUCUUCGCGUGGGAGGUCACGCUAGUCAUCGCCCUGUUGCUGCUGCUGCGCGCCGGUGUCUCCAGCACGCUCAAGUGGAUUCAUAACAGGCUCAAUGCUACGCGCGGUCUGAAGAGCAAUAUCCCAUAUGAAGUGAGCGUCUUUGAGUGUAUGCAGCGCCCGCUCGAGUUUCUCAGUUUGUUUACCGUCGGUACGGCUCUGGCGGAGGCCAUCAGUCGACCUCUUGCGGCCAUCGGCUUGUUAAAGCAUAUCCGUGUGUUGCGAGAGCUCGGUAUUAUUAUUUCUGCAGCUUGGUUCUUGCUUCGCUGGAUCGACAGGAUUCGUUCUCGAUUUGCCGUCGCAAAGGGAAUAGACAAGGCCCAAGUAGACGCCACGUCUCGCAUCGCAACAGUCGCUACGUUUAUCGGGUCUCUGCUUAUCUCUUUGGACACUAUUGGAAUCAACGUUCAGACCGUGUUGGCUUUUGGAGGGAUUGGUGGUGUGGCAAUUGGUUUUGCCGGUAGAGAGAUCAUUUCCAACUUUUUCGGUGGCUUCAUGAUCUACGUUACACGACCCUUUUCUGUCGGCGAGUGGGUGCGCAGCAUCGAAGAAAAGGAGCUUAAUGGGACUGUGGAAGAUAUUGGAUGGUAUCUCACCCGAGUCCGAACAUGGGAUAAGCGCCCACUUUACAUCCCCAAUUCUCGCUUUUCCACUCUUAUCGUCGAGAACGGCUCGAGGAUGGACAAUCGCCGAAUUCUGCAUACCCUGCAUUUGCGGCAUGAGGACAUGCCUGUUGUCCCAACGAUUGUUGCUGCCAUUGAGGCCCUCAUGAUGGGCCAUCAGGAGCUGGAUCCCCGGCAACAUCGUCUGGCAUAUGUUGAUUCCUUUGGAGAAUAUUCCGUGCGCGUGUGGAUCAGUUGUUACACGAAGUCUGUCUUUUUGUACGAUUUCCGCAGAGUGCAGCAAGACAUUUUGGUUAGGUGCUACGAAAUCAUUCGUGCAAACGGUGCAAAACUUGCCACCAUUAACACUAGGGAUGUGCGGCCGGGAGUCGAUACCGAUCGAUAUGGUCCGUUUGGAGCGAAAGCGAGCUUCCCUGAUAUUAGUAACGCAACUCAGCGCAUUCAAACCCCGCAACCCGACUUAAGUCGUGUACCGGUCAACAACGAUGUGCCCCAGGCGCAGCAAUACGGUCCUGCGCCUGUAGUGCGGUUCCACAAUAUCGAGAGCGGGGUCGAUUUUUCACUGGUAGACCCCAAUACAGCAAAUGGCGUUCCCGCUGGAGUGCCGUGGAACACACCUGCCCCCCCUGUAUCCGUCCCAAGCAAUGCCGCGACGGAUCCAGGAGCGAUGAAUGACUACACUGCUGAAAGCGCACCACAUCGAUCAACGUCAGAGGCGGCGGUUGCAGCAGCUGCGGCGGCUCUGACGGCCGCUAGAAGAAACGCAGCGCGGAUAGUGGAUAAUGAAAAAACUGCGACACAACAACCACUUAGGCCAAUAGAGUCUGGCGACAGUGCAGGGGCGCCUCCCGAGCCAACUCCAGCAACGACCGCGCCAGUCGGGCAAAUGAAUAUUACAGGGGCCAAGCCUCCUCGAGGGACACAGGCGAAAUCAGUUUCAUUGUCGGGCCCUCCGGGAACGGAAGCUGUUAAGUGGAAUGAAGGCAAGGAAGAUGCAGUUACGAAGAACUUGCAAGUGACACCGGCGGUCAAUGAGGAGUUGACAACACCAUCAAUGCCGCUCGUAAGCAAUCAGCCGAUCACGGCAAGCCCUGGGGAAAUGAAAAUUACCAAGGGUCGAAAGCCCGCCCAGAUAACGACCCCUGUCGACCCUGAAGGGGAAGUUGUGGAGCCAAUGGAUAGAUCUAGUCCACAAGCGACGGACGGCAGGGUAGAUGGAAUCAAGGUUUCGACAGCGUCAGCUGAAGUGAGACCUAUUGCAAUCACAAAAUCUCAAAUGAACAGAUCCGUGGGGAAACCGGCGACAGCUGGUGGAACUGCGAAACCCUCAACUAAUAUUAAGGCUGCAGCCCAAUCGGGAAGCAAAGCUUCUCCUGGGACAGUACAGACUGAUGGUCGAGGGGGCGCCAGAGGGCAAGCGACUCCAGCUCCCAGAGGCAAUGUUCAGUCGUCUCCGGGGCAGGCAUCGACGAUUCAGCAGAAUGCACCAACGAAUCCGCCUGCACCAUUGGGUGAGAUGAAUAUCUCGAAGGCUCGCAAGCCCGUGCCUCUGCCACCAACCUCGACUGACCCUGAUGUCAUUAAUGGAACACGGACAGAAGCUGUCACAUCGCAACCAUCCAAUUCGGCAGAUGAGCAAACGGAGGAGGGAUGACUUGACGUUGGGAAUGGCCUUGUCGGAGAGGCACACUAACUGCACAUAAAGCACAACAUUUAUUACUAUUCA